AUGGGAGAGUUAUCACCAACACCAACGGUUUGUCAGGAUAAUUUUAGCGAGUUAAUUGAUGGGAAAAAUAUUUAUGGACAAAUUCUCAAAUAAAAAGUUACCAGCUUAAAUAAAAGUAUGAGCAAAACAUAUAUUCAACCUAGAAGGAUAUAUUUUACGAAAAAAAAAAAUAAAUUUAGUGUAAUUGAUCAAAGCAAUUUAAAAAAGAAAUUAGGAGAAGUCUAAAAAAUAGGUCACCAUUUCUUUAUUAGGGAGAGCUUUUAAAAAUAAUUAGGAUAGAAUGAAUAUAUUUGAAGAUGCAUUAGAUUAUUAUGAUUUAGCCUUGUAGAGAAACCCUUAAGAUGCAAACCAUUACAAUAACAAAGGUAUAAUAAAUUAUAAAUAAUUUCUUAGCUAUUAUGCUACUGAAAAUGAAUAGAUUUGCAGAAGCAUUGAAAUAUUUUGAUAUAGCAAUUUAGAAAAACUCUGAAAAUUCAGACUAUUACAAUAAUAAAGGUAUCCUUAAUUAGAACAAUUUCCUAGCUACUACUUUAUAUAAAAUGAAUAGAAUUUUAGAAGCAUUGGAAUAGUACGAUUUAGCUAUAUUGAUAAACCCAAAAGACUCAAACUAUUAUAAUAACAAAGGUAUAAUUAAAUUAUGCAGAUUUUAGCUAUGAUUUUAGAUAAAAUGAAUAGAUUUGAAGAAGCAUUAGAAAAUUAUGAGAUUGCUAUAUAGUGCAACCCUGAACAUGCAGACUACUACAAUACCAAAGGUAUAUAACUCAAUACGAGUAAUUCUUAGCUGUGAUUUUACUUAAAAUGAAUAGAUAUGAAGAAGCAUUGAAAUAGUUUGAUUUAGCAAUUUAGAAAAAUCCUAAAAAUUCAGACUAUUACAAUAAUAAAGGUAUAUUGAAAUAUGAUAAUUUCUAAGCUAUGAUUUUAUUUAGAAUGAAUAGAUUUGAAGAAGCGUUAAAUAAUUAUGAUAUGGUUAUAUUGUGCAACCCUGAGCGUGCAGACUAUUACAAUAACAAAGGUAUUCAAUAUGAGUAAUUUUUUAGCUAUGAUUUUACUUAAAAUGAAUAGAUAUGAAGAAGCAUUGAAAUAGUUUGAUUUAGCAAUUUAGAAAAAUCCUAAAAAUUCAGACUAUUACAAAAACAAAGGUUUAAUUAACUAUUAACAUUAGCUGAUGCUUUAGAUAAAAUGAAAAAAUUUGGAGAUGCAAUAAAAAUUUACAAUUUAGCUCUAUAGAAAAAUCCAGAAAACCCAAACUGUUAUAAUAACAAAGGUAUAAUAAAAAUCAAUAAUUUUAACAGCUACCACUUUAUAUAAAAUGAAUAGAUUUAUGGAAGCAUUGAAAUGUUAUGAUUUAGAAAUUUAGAAUAACCCUAAUGAUUCAGACUAUUACUGUCAUAAAGGUACUAUUAAUUGUGAAUUAUUUCUAGCCGAUACUUUAGAUAAUAUAAACGAAUUAUAAGAGGCAUUGAAAUUUUAUGAUUUAGCUAUUGAAAAAAAUCCAAAAGAACCAAAAUAUUACAAUAAUAAAGGUAUAAUUAAUUACGAUUCAUUUCUCAGCUACCACCUUACUGAAAAUGAAUAGAUUUGAAGAAGCAUUAAGUUAUUAUGAUUUAGCAAUUUAGAAAAAUCCUGAAGAUUUAGGCUAUUACCUAAACAAAGGUAUACUUAAUUUUGACUAAUUUAUCAGCAACCACUUUAUUAAUAAUGAAUAGAUUGCAAGAAGCAUUACAAUAUUUUAAUUUCCUUAUAUAGGAAAACCCUGAAAAUGCAAUCCAUUACAAUAACAAAGGUAAUAUUGUUCAUUAUUUACUUUUUAGCUUAGACAUUAUAUAAAAUGAAUAAAUUUAAAGAAGCAUUAGAAUAUUAUGAUUAUGCUAUCUAGAAAAAUAAUGAAAAUUCUUACUUUUACCAUAACAAAGGUAUAAUUUAGAAUGAAGAAUUUGUUAGCUAAUGCAUUAAAUAAAAUGAAUAGAUUUGAAGAAUCAUUGGAGUAUUUUGAUUUAGCAAUUAAUAAAAACCCUGAUAAUUCAAAUUUUUAUUAUCACAAAGGUAUAAUUAAGUACCUUACAUUUCAUAGCUAUGACUUUAGAAAAAAUGAAUAGAUUUGAUAAAUCUUUAGAAUAUUAUGAUUUAGCUAUCUCAAAAAACCCUGAGCAUCCAGACUAUUACCAGCAAAAAGGCAUAAAUAAAUUAUGAAUAAUUUUUUUAGCCAAUACUUUAUUGAAAAUGAAUAGACUUGAAGAAGCACUAGAGUAUUAUGAUUUAGCAAUUAAUAAAAACCCUGAAAUAUCAAGUAUUUACAAUUACA